AUGUUCGCCCUACGCCGCACCGCUGCUAGACUCAACACUCGGCACACCUUCACCGCGCGAAAAUUCUCCCCACGAGUAGCUCAAAUCACGUCUGCCCAUAUCACUACCAGAGGUUUUGCAAAGCAAGCGACGAUGAUUGAUGACCAGAAGUCAAUGAGAGAUAACUAUGGCAUGGACCAUACGUCGGGCUAUAAACAGCCUGUAUGGAUCGCCACUGAGCCUUACAGCAACUUUCCAGAGUUUCCAAAGUUGGACAAAAACCUCAGUACUGAGGUUCUGAUUGUUGGCGCUGGAAUAGCUGGUAUAAGUGCGGCGUAUGAGUGUGUUAAGAGGGGAAAGUCGGUCACACUCAUCGAUGCACGAUCCGUGCUGUCUGGGGAAACAGGAAGGACUUCCGGGCACCUCAGUAGUGCAUUGGAUGACAAUUACUACGAGUUGAUCAAAACAUUCGGCGAAGACGGUGCUAGAAAGGCUUUUGAUUCCCACCAGUACGCACUUGAGCAUGUCGGUGAAGUCGCAGCCGCAGAAGGCAUCGACUGUGAGUACCGAACGCUCCCCGGGUACCAGAUUGUCGAAGUACCGGACAGCCACCCCGACUACUCCUCCAAGAACGAUCUCCCACAAGAACUCGAGGCCUGUAAAAAGCUCGGGAUCAACGUAAACUACAAUGAGAAAGGCAGCAUAGGUGAGACCUACACCGGGGCAGUCCUCGAGUGGCCUAAACAGGCGACCUUCCACCCCACAAAGUACCUAAACGGAAUCCUAAAGUCAUUAUCAACCAAGCACAAGGGCCUGUUCCAAGCAUACUCCCACACCCGUAUGUCAAAGCAUAAGGACAGCGGAAGUGGCGUCACAGUAACCACUGAAGGCGGCCACGAGAUUGACGCAAAACACAUGAUCAUGGCCACCAACGUCCCGCUACACGUGAUCGAGGUCAUCAACAAAGAGGCCUUUUACCGCACUUACUGCGUUGCCAUGAGGGCACCAAAGGGUGCCUUUAAAGACAUUCUCAUCUACGACAACGGCGACCCUUACGUCUACGUCAAGAAGACAGCCCACCCGGAUCCAAAGUACGAAUACGUCAUCACCGGAGGCGAAGACCACAAAGUUGGGCAGGAAAGCACCGAAGGGUACGAAGCCCACUACAAAAAACUUGCCGACUGGACACGCGCACAUUUCCCAUUUGUUGAGGAUGUGGAGUUCAAGUGGUCUGGCCAGAUCGUUGAGCCGAACGACUACAUGGCGUACAUCGGGCACAACACUGGCUCCGACAAGAACGUUUACAUCAACACUGGUGACUCCGGUAACGGCCUCACGCAUGGUGUUAUUGCUGGAAAGCUUUUGAGCGAUCUGAUAGAAGGUGUUGAUAACCCUUGGGCGGGGCUAUACAGUCCCUCGAGAAAGCCGAAGCCAAGAACUAUGCCCGAUGUCAUCAGCGAGAACCUUAACCAGAACUUGCAGUACAAGAGGUACAUCGCAACGGACGUGUCAGAUAUUGAGGAAAUUCCCCCAUGCUCGGGUGCGAUCAUGCAUGGUGGACUGUCGAAGCUUGGGAAGCCGAUUGCGGUGUACAAGGAUGGUGAGGGCAAUAUCACCAAGUUUUCAGCGAUAUGUCCCCAUUUGCAUGGUGUAGUUGCAUGGAAUGCGUCGGAGAAGAGUUGGGACUGUCCAAUUCACGGAUCCAGGUUUGAUGGACUUACUGGAAAGUGUGUUAUGGGACCGUCGAACAGAGGUCUUGCGGCGGAGGAUGAGGCAGGAAAGCAGGCUCAGAGUGGGACUUCGGGCUAA